GUCCUCCGAGCCGAUACCACAAACGAAGAACAGGGAAGCGUAACGACGGUAUACGACCUUCGUGUCUGGAUAAGGAGCCAAGCCCGUUAGAUAAAUUGAUGUGCAUAACAUGAAUUAUAACAUACCCUUGUACUCCAGGAAGUUACACAUCCUUGUUCGUCUGGCAAGGACGAGCUGCGUAACAUCCUUCACGAUUUUGGCCUUCGCCUUCUGUGGCAUUGUCUGGAACCAUUUCGCGAGUCGUACUUUCCCUAGAGAAGUCCCAGAGGUUCAGCAAUAUUCAAGCAUUAGAAGGAAGCCACAAAGACCUUGCCGAGAGACGAGAAGGAUGUAAUUGAUCAUAUUGCCAGGUUGACGGAGAUGUUGCGGAUGGUGGUAAAGCAAGUAGAAGCGCUUGCCUUUUCUGUCGCCUUGCAAACAAAUCUAAACAACUCUUCGAUCAUGGAUCGGUCAUCGGUUCCUGGUUCCGACUCCAGUCAUUCUCGUCUACAACUCUAACUCCUCCACGAGCACAAGUGCCAGGGGUACUUAUUCCUGGCCAAAUAAUAUCUCUCAGGAAAGGCGACGUUAAUUCAUUAUUACUCAAGGAAAGAAAUGUCUGCACUAUCCGAUGCUACUGCCAAAAUACCAUUGCCUACGUUUCUGAAAGCACUUACAAGCAAUGGUGUGCCCGCCUCGAAAGCUAUGGCUGCUGCAGGCAAGAUAUACAAGAAAUAUAACACGCGCGCCGCACUAUCAUUCCUGACUGACUUCGAUUUGAAGUCAGCUGGCGUUAGUGAGAAAGAGGACAGGAAACUUGUUCUCGCAGCGCUCAAAAAGGCGGGGUACAAGGGCAGUGCUGUUGCUGGACCAAGUAAGUCUGCCUCAAGUCAAGCAAGCGGCUCUGGCGCUGCCACUAACAAGACGAAUUCGGAUGCCGAGACCAGACAGGGUGUACGCAAGAAACGCAGGAGAGACGACGAUUUAAACGAGUUCCUUCCUGAUCGACCAACCGACGAAGGGGACACGUAUGCCAGUCUCGACUUCAACGAGAUCUUGAACGAGGAGGUCCUCAUGCCCAAAUCCGUAGUGAUUAACCGCGCACCAAUAAUGGCUGCAUGGGCCUUUGUCGUCGCAGAACGGCUAGGCUUUCAGCGCGAGGAGGCGUUGAGCAUAGCAUCGGUAUACACGGAGAUGAACGCAAUUUCAAAGGGCGUCUCGUUAGGAAUCUACGACGAACGCAAGCAAAAGGGAGUUGAGGCAACUAAGGGUGGUUCUCAACCUUAUGUGGACCUCAUGGGUAGACGAGUUCCACUCUUCCAAACCUCGUCACAACAGUGGCGAGCCCUGUCUUCUGGAACACCAGUUGCACCCGCCACAGCUUUCUCCUACAUCAAACGAUCCCUUCGACAAACCACUCCACACAUUGUUGGGGCUCUGCGUCUAUUGGCGCUGAGUUAUCCUGCAACAAUGCUCAAUGAACGAGGAUUCUCCCUAUAUGCCGAGUUCAGGCCUGAAGUGGAUGGGUGGGGUAAGAGAGGCGAAAUCAAAUGCAAGAGCAUCUUGGCACUUCGAAGGCCAGAGCUCGAGCCUUCUAACGGCAAAGACUCUUCACCUGUGACAGCGAAAUCCACAAAUGACAUCGUGAAGGUCGGCGAACUGCAUGGCGAUAAGAUAGAAGACGGCGCAGCUGUUGAAGAGCCCGAUCGGAAGAAGGCUAGACUCGAAGAAAGUGGAGAUGAAUACGACGCUGCACUAGACGCCGACGAAUUCAAUUUCGAUGACAUCGAUCUGCAGGAACUGCCAUGAGUGUCUUAACUUCUCCGUGCUGAGCGGGUCAUAACGAAAUACGUUAGGGUCAUCAUAGUAUUGUACUUCUACGCUCUAGGAUCCUGUAGAUUAUUGUAAAAUAUGUGGACAAUGUCUAUUGAAUGACCGCUGUGCUCCAGCCCACCAUGCAAUCUGUCUGGUUGAGACUCUAUUGAAUGUUUUUGACGACAGCAGCGGUGAACUCAGAUGUGGUCGCAGAGC